UAAUUUUUUGUACAGUGCAAUUCUACUAUAGCUACCUGCAGAUGAUAGCAUCAUGGAUUUGCUGAGAAAGCUAGUAAUUUUUGCUGUGAUCCUACUUUGUUCUCAAAUAUCCAAAUCGAGUGAAAACCUUGCUGUUGUUGUUGGGGUGUGCAGCAGAACUGCGAGGCGUUCUGUAUCAAGAUCAGAGUCGUACUUAAUAUAUAGUAGACAGAGUUACAGGUACUACUCUUCUUGUGGCACCUGGUUAUGGCCCAGUAGGUGUUCGAGGACUGGGUACAGGAAAGUAGGAAGCAUAGCGUAUAAAACGAAGUACAGCAAUCAAUACUAUCGUGACGAAUUCUGCUGCUUGGGUUAUGCUGGACGACCACCUAGCUGUCAACGUAUCUGCCCUUCAGUAAGAUCUCCAAACAAUGGUGUUGUCAGAGUGACCACCUACAAUGUUAAUGGCAGAGCUACCUACACUUGCAACACUGGGUAUAGACUUUCUGGCUUAUCUUCUCGUACUUGCUCGUCCAGUGGCAGUUGGUCUGGAUCCAAUCCCUCCUGUCAAAGAAGUUGCCCCAUACUUAAUAACCCAAGCAAUGGUCGAGUGUCCGUUAGCUCUUAUUUUGGAGGAGGCAGAUGUACUUACAGCUGCAACACUGGGUAUAGACUGUCUGGCUCAUCUUCUCGUACUUGCUCAUCCAGUGGUAGCUGGUCUGGAUCCAAUCCCUCUUGUCGAAGAAUCAGUUGCCCUACACUGAAUAACCCAAGCAAUGGUCGGGUGUCCGUUAGCUCUUAUUUUUUCGGAAGCAGAGGUACUUACAGCUGCAAUACUGGGUAUGGACUGUCUGGCUCAUCUUCUCGUACUUGCUUGUCCAGUGGCAGCUGGUCUGGAUCCAAUCCCUCCUGUCAAAGAAUUUGCCCUACACUGAAUAAUCCGAGCAAUGGUCGGGUGUCUGUUAGCUCUUAUUUUAGAAGAGGCACAGGUACUUACAGCUGCAACACUGGAUAUGGACUGUCUGGUUCAUCUUAUCGUACUUGCUCGUCCAGUGGCAGCUGGUCUGGAUCCAAUCCCUCCUGUCAAAGAAUUUGCCCUACACUGAAUCACCCGAGCAAUGGUCGGGUGUCCGUUAGCUCUUAUUUUGGAAGAGGCAGAGGUACUUACAGCUGCAACACUGGGUAUGGACUGUCUGGCUCAUCUUCUCGUACUUGCUCAUCCAGUGGCAGCUGGUCUGGAUCUAAUCCUUCCUGUCUAAGAAUUUGCCCAACACUGAAUAACCCAAGCAAUGGUCGAGUGUCCGUUAGCUCUUAUUUUAUCGGAAGCAGAGGUACUUACAGCUGCAACACUGGGUAUGGACUGUCUGGAUCAUCUUCUCGUACUUGCUCGUCCAGUGGCAGCUGGUCUGGAUCCAAUCCCUCCUGUCAAAGAAUUUGCCCUACACUGAAUAACCCGAGCAAUGGUCGGGUGUCUGUUAGCUCUUAUUUUGGAAGAGGCAGAGGUACUUACAGCUGCAACACUGGGUAUAGACUGUCUGGAUCAUCUUCUCGUACUUGCUCAUCCAGUGGCAGCUGGUCUGGAUCCAAUCCCUCCUGUCAAAGAAUUUGCCCAACAUUGAAUAACCCAAGCAAUGGUCGAGUGUCCGUUAGCUCUUAUUUUAUCGGAAGCAGAGGUACUUACAGCUGCAACACUGGGUAUGGACUGUCUGGAUCAUCUUCUCGUACUUGCUCGUCCAGUGGCAGCUGGUCUGGAUCCAAUCCCUCCUGUCAAAGAAUUUGCCCUACACUGAAUAACCCGAGCAAUGGUCGGGUGUCUGUUAGCUCUUAUUUUGGAAGAGGCAGAGGUACUUACAGCUGCAACACUGGGUAUAGACUGUCUGGAUCAUCUUCUCGUACUUGCUCAUCCAGUGGCAGCUGGUCUGGAUCCAAUCCCUCCUGUCAAAGAAUUUGCCCAACAUUGAAUAACCCAAGCAAUGGUCGAGUGUCCGUUAGCUCUUAUUUUAUCGGAAGCAGAGGUACUUACAGCUGCAACACUGGGUAUGGACUGUCUGGAUCAUCUUCUCGUACUUGCUCGUCCAGUGGCAGCUGGUCUGGAUCUAAUCCCUCCUGUCAAAGAAUUUGCCCUACACUGAAUAACCCGAGCAAUGGUCGGGUGUCUGUUAGCUCUUAUUUUGGAAGAGGCACAGGUACUUACAGCUGCAACACUGGGUAUAGACUGUCUGGAUCAUCUUCUCGUACUUGCUCAUCCAGUGGCAGCUGGUCUGGAUCCAAUCCCUCCUGUCAAAGAAUUUGCCCAACAUUGAAUAACCCAAGCAAUGGUCGUGUGUCCGUUAGCUCUUAUUUUAUCGGAAGCAGAGGUACUUACAGCUGCAACACUGGGUAUGGACUAUCUGGUUCCUCUUCUCGUACUUGCUCGUCCAGUGGCAGCUGGUCUGGAUCCAAUCCCUCCUGUCAAAGAAUUUGCCCUACACUGAAUAACCCGAGCAAUGGUCGGGUGUCUGUUAGCUCUUAUUUUGGAAGAGGCAGAGGUACUUACAGCUGCAACACUGGGUAUAGACUGUCUGGAUCAUCUUCUCGUACUUGCUCAUCCAGCGGCAGCUGGUCUGGAUCCAAUCCCUCCUGUCGAAGAAUUUGCCCAACACUGAAUAACCCAAGCAAUGGUCGAGUGUCCGUUAGCUCUUAUUUUAUCGGAAGCAGAGGUACUUACAGCUGCAACACUGGAUAUGGACUGUCUGGAUUAUCUUCUCGUACUUGCUCGUCCAGUGGCAGUUGGUCUGGAUCCAAUCCCUCCUGUCGAAGAGUUUGCCCUCUGCUGAACAACCCAAGCAAUGGUCGGGUGUCCGUUAGCUCAUGUUUUAUAGAAGGCAAAGCUACUUACAGCUGCAAUACUGGGUAUAGACUAUCUGGCUCAUAUUCUCGUACUUGCUCUUCCAGCGGCAGCUGGUCUGGAUCCAAUUCCUCCUGUCAAAGAGAGAAUGAAAUUUGUGAUUCUAAACUUGCUAGUUUUGCGAAAGAACAAAAUCUAAAGCGGGAAAGAGUUGUUCAAUCCAUUGUUACCAUAGUUGGCUUUGCACCAGAACUAGUGACUGAAAUGUUUAAUACAUCAUCACACAAUGAGUCUAAUUCAAGUGGCUUGAUCUUCAAACACGUUUAUACAUCUCUGUCUGAGACGUUCAAUGUUGCACCAUCUGAAGCAAAAUUCAACAAAUUUGUUGAAGCCGUAACCGAAAUAUCUAUAGCCGAAGAUGAAGCCUGCAGUGGAUCAGAUAGUCCAAGUGCAGCUGAUAUUCCAGGAAUCGUAAUUAAAUUCAAUCAACUUUUCUCUGCUGGUAAAAGUGGAGAUAUAACUGAAAUCAGGAGUUUGUAUGGGCAGAUUCUUUGCAUUAAACGUCAUGAGCAGGCACCAGAUACCAAUAGAAGUAAAAGAUCAACACAUUGUCCUGAAGUAUCGAAUUGUGGUUGUCCAGAAGGGGACCUUGAUGAGCCUGACAAUAUAAUUUGUGCUUGCCAUUUCUUUGGGUGUCUAGAUCCUGACCAGCACAUGAAGCCCAUGCUUGGUUUUGAUGAUCGGAUACAAUGUUUAGCCUUUGUGAUUGAUACCACAGGUAGCAUGUCUAGCGAAAUAGCAGGUGCCAAAAAAAUAUUAACCGAUUUUAUCCGGGCUGAAGAAAAUCUUAAUAUUCUUGGAUGCUAUCUACUUGUGCCAUUCAAUGAUGUUGGUCCUGACAAUGCUCAUGUACCAGAUGCAAGUGUUGGCAAUAUCUCAGUUGCUUAUACGGAUGAAGUGGAUGAAUUGUUGACCUUUUAUAGUAAUCUGAAUGGCUUGCAGGCUAAAGGAGGUGGUGAUGGUCCUGAAUAUUCUCUUGAUGCCAUGCUUAAAGCUCUUAAGUUGAAACAUUAUGAUGAUUCUGAUAGGUUAGUACCGUGGAUGAUGGACGGCUCACAAAUGAUAGUGAUAACAGAUGCGCCAUCAAAACACCAAGAAAUAGAGCUCAACGUUUCUAGGAUGGCGUAUGAUAUGGGAGUUUGCAUUCAUUUCUUUGUCUCUGAUAGUUAUGGAACUGAAGAUGGACUCUAUAAACGUGUAGCUGAUGAAACUAAUGGUCAACUUAUUUUUCCGUUCUCGAAUUGGGAUAUUGCCAAAUUUGCUUCAUCGUAUAUGAAUUCACCUUGUGCAUUUGAAGUUUCACGAAGAAAACGUGCAGCUAUUGCUUCUCGUUGUCAAAGUUUCCAUAUUUCUGAGUUGUCAAUAUUGUUUCGAUUCUCUGGCAACACUGAUUCAAGUGUCAUUCUUACACGUCCGUCCGGAACAACAAUUGAGGUAUUGGGAGGUGCAGGAGUUGCAGUUCACUCGGAGGGUCAUCCUGAAGCGGGAGAAUGGUUGGCCUGUUUGAGCUCAGGAGACUUGGAAUUCUCUGUAGACCAAGAUUAUUCAUUGGAUGCUACACUUGGAUAUUUGAAGAAGACUAAUACUGGAACAAUUGUUGCAUCAAUUGUUCCACCAACAGAGUGUUCCACUGGUCAGGUCAUGCUGUCAACUUCCAAAAAUGCCUUGAUAGUUCAGUCUCGGUUGUCUAUGUUGGGCAGUGAUCAAAAUGUCAUUCAAACAGCGCACUUGGCAAAAUGCAGUGACGCUUUUGUAGCAAACAUGUCAUUCCCACGAGGAGAGUACACUUUCUUGCUAGAAGGAGUUGAUACAAGUGGUGUUUGGAUUUCUUACCGUGUUGGCAAAAAGGUGGUAUUUAGACCUGGAGAGUAUGAACUUGUUGCAAAUGGCAAGAAGACUAUUGAAAUUGAGCUGUCUGAUACAUUCGGUAUCAGUUUUUCAAUCAGUAAUCUCAAUUCCUAUGCUUCAACGUUUGAUUUCUCUACCACUUCUCCUGGAUUCAUUGCAACAUUGCAGAAAAAGAGUGUAUCACUUUCUCCGGGAGAGAUUAGAAAUGUUGUUGUAGUUUUCUCUGUAUCAAGUUCCUCCGUUCGAAAAGGAUCCACUCACACAAUUGAAUUCCGAGCCUCAAACGGCUGUGUAACCCUCUCAGAUACCAAAAUUGUGAUGAUUAAGGCCGCUGGUACUCCUCCUCCAGCAGAAGUGUGUGGGUGUCAGAAUGGUGGUACCUGUGUGGUGCAGACACGACGUGGGCGGGAGUUUAAGAGUUGCUUGUGUCCCUCUGGAUACCGGGGACGCACUUGUGAAACAUAGAGGGUCUUAUUCCCAUGCUGAGCUGUGAAAGAUAAAACUCUAUGAUCUAGUUUAUUAACUUGACUGAAAUUGAAUUUAUGAGUGCUGCUAUAAUACUACGUAUAGAAAAUUCUUAAUUAUACGUUGUGACUUUUUGUGCUGGAAAAAUGUAUUAUAGUGUUCUGUGCUUUGUUUAGUAUCAA